AUGGACGGAAGACCACUACCUCCCACUGAUUCAUGGAUCAGCUUGGCUAAUCUAGCCCGGAAAAGCUGGUUCCAGCUGGCGCUAACUUUCGUGCCAUUUAUCGCUAUUAUGUCUAUCAUCUGUAUGGCCCCUCCCAGUACAGAUCUGAAUAUCACUGUUGAUAGGUGA